AGGAAAACCAAGAGCAUUUGCUACAUCAAGAACAAUAGUUUGGCAGUUAGUGUGCUCUGAGGCUUUCAGGAGACAAGUUUAACUACGCACGCUAAAUCAUCUUGUUGUUAACAGAGGAAUCAUUUAGGACCUAAAGCUUGAGGACUUGUGCUGUUUUGAAGUGUGGAUUUACUAUAUUGUACAUGACAAACUAAUGAUCAUGUCAAUCCCAGAGGAGGAUCUUACAUGUCCAAUAUGCUGUGACAUCUUUAAGGACCCUGUUUUACUGUCAUGUAGCCACAGCUUCUGCAGGAGCUGUCUGAAGGGCUGUUGGGACAAAUGGUUACGUGCGUGUCCAGUAUGCAGGAAAAGAGUCUCCAAGUCCAGUGCUCCCUCCAAUUUGGCUCUGAAAAAUGUAUGUGAAGCUCAUUUGCAGGUCAGGAGGCAGAGUUCAGUGCUGGAGGAUGAGAAGAGUAACUGUAACCUGCAUGUGGAGAAGUUGAAACUCUUCUGUCUGGUUGACAAACAGCCCAUCUGUGUGGUGUGUCAAUCUUCCAAACUGCACAAGACUCACGAAUGCUUACCAAUAGAGGAGGCACUGCAGGACUGCAAGGAUGAACUUGCUUUAACUCUCAAGAGCUUGCAAAAUAAACUGGACAGCCUUGAAAGAAUUCACACAACCUCUGCAAACAUGAUCAAGUACAUUGAGAGUCAAGCGGAGGAAACACAGAGAUUGAUCAACAGCCAAUUCAAGCAGCUCCAUGAAGUCCUCCACCAAGAAGAGUCAGCCAGAAUAGCAGCUGUGGAGAAAGAAGUAGACGAGAAGAUUGCAGCAAUAAGGGAUAGGGAUAAAGAACUUUCAGCAGAAGAGCUGUCCCUCACAGAGACCAUCUCAGUCAUACAGGAGCAGCUGAAAGAAGAUGAUAUGGUCUUGUUGAAGAAUUUCAAAGACACCCAGGACAGAGGGAAAAGCAUAGAGCUCCGUUCAGACAGCAUGUCCGGGUUACUGAUUGAUGUGACAAAGCAUCUCGGCAACCUCAAGUAUAGAGUCUGGGAGAAAAUGCUGGACCAUAUUGACUAUACUCCUGUGACUUUGGAUCGAAACACAGCACAUCCCUGCCUCAUCCUGUCGGACGACCUCACUUCCCUCCGCUAUUCAAAGCAGCCAAGCUAUUGCCCUGACAACCCAGAGCGCUUCCACAUCAGCCCUGAAGUUGUAGGCAUGACUGCGCUGGGAUCAGGAAGUCACCACUGGGUUGUGGAAACAGGAAGUAAUCAGGAUUGGCUCCUGGGUGUGGCCUCUUUGUCUGUGCCCAGGGACGCUGAGAUCUCCGCUCGGCCCGAGAACGGCUUCUGGACUUUGUGUUUCAGGGACGGAGAUUUCAGGGCGAUGACCUUGCCACCCACCACACUGACAAUCACGAAAAGGCCCAAACAAGUCAAAGUGCAGCUGGAUUACAACAGAGGGACAGUGUCUUUUUUUGACCCUGAUGAUGACACACUCAUUUAUGCAUUUACAGACACAUUCACUGAAACUUUACUUCCAUAUUUUUAUACACAGAGCAGUCAUCCAUUGAGAGUAGUGCCAGAGAAGGUACUUGUCACAAUGUUGCGUCAAUAACUGGAUAAAUUCUUUGUUAAUUAGGUAAUAAAAAUAGAAUCCCAGUCCCGUUUUGAUGGAUGAGCCAAAAAAUAAAAAGUUGUGAUUGGUGUACUGACGGCCUAUAAUGUAAAAUUUCUCUCAGAGGGCAUGCAAAGUAUUCAUCCAAGUUAACUAUUCUGUGUAGUGCAGGUGGCUCUUCCAAUCAUUGUUUCUGUCAUGCUGCAUAAAAUGCUACAUUAUGAAGUGCUCUUACUUUUAAAACCAAUUGUUGAGUUAAGUUAGUAUAAUAUUCAGGGAUGGUGUAUAAAUUGCUAAUGUAAGUGGCUAAAUAUGACUUGCUCUUUAUGGUUGAAGAGGGGGAGAGCACAUUUGCAUUUGGUGAAAAUGUUUAAAUAAAUAUCAAGAAGUUUUAGGAUUGUACUUGGGUGGGUUUUGGUGUGCAACAAGCCCUUUCCUCAUAUAUAUGUAUGUAUAUAUAUAUAUAUAUAUAUAUAUAUAUAUAUAUAUAUAUAUAUAUAUAUAUAUAAAUAUUUUGUUGUUUUUCAAAUAUUAUGUUUCUAACCCACACACUUUAAGAAACAUACAUACACUUAUACCACACACACACACACACACACACACACACAUACACACACACAAACACACACACACACACACACACACACAUUCAUCAUUGUAUAAAUCUGAUAAGUUAAAGAAAGAAUUCAUUAGUCCAAAGUGCGGUAACAGUUUAUUAGUCUCUUCUGCACACAUGAUGGCGCCAAAGUCAAACUUAUAUUUUGAAGGAUUAUAGUCCAGAACAUUACAAUGGAGAGUACUUUAAACGCAUUUUUUAGUUUAUGAAAAAUUAAAAUGAUGAUUUUACA